AUGAAUGAAGAAAAGAGAGGACUUUGCUUGAACAUUCGGUAUUUGAAGAAUGUUUUAAGAAAGGCACGAAAGAUGGAUGAUACAAUACAAUUAUCUCUUAAUUCUGCUAAAUGGGAAUCACCGAGCCAAGCCAGAGAAUCUCAAGAGCAACGAUGCAAUCGAGUCAAGCAAGAGUUAUUUCGAGGCUGGCUUAGUAGAGAUAAUUUCUUGAAGGAGUGCAUUUCAGUUACCGAAGAGGAAUUAUCCAAAGGUACUCCGUCAUCAAAUACUAUUCCAAUCUCCGAAAAACCACUGGUUUCUGAACGCUUGGACCCUUAUGCUAAAGAACAAGAAAUAAAAAUAACACCACCAGAGGAGGUUAAAAUGACGCUUAAGUCUGAGCAGACUGUUGAAAAUAUUAUACGAGACCAGACUUGGGAAACACUUACGAAUGCUUGCCCGGGAAUGUUUGGCAACUGGGAAGCGGACUAUAAUAAAGCCAAAUAA